AUGGUCAUUGCAUGGGAGCGGGCGCGCGCGCAGGCGGCGGAGCAGGCCACCAUCCAGGCGGACAAGGCGGCUGAUGCCAACCCAUGGCUGCGCAUGACUGGGUGGGCGAGGUAUUUAGACGGGGUACACCCGCAGGAUUUGCGCCAGCUAGUGGAGGCGCCCGCGGAGGUAGAGGUGGAGGAGGUAGAGGAGGAUCAUAUUAAGCAGGGCGUGCGGGUGAUUUGGGACACCAUGGACCAGCUAGCGCGGCGUAGCCAGCAGACAGUGCAGCAGUGCGGCGCGGGCAUCCGCGUGGAGGCGGCCCGUACGGAGGCCGGCCAGAUGUCAUACAAGCCAUUGCAGGCGUACAUGGACGAGGCGAGCAUUUAG